AUGGUUUUUUCAGACCCCCUACAAUGUCGCUGUGUCUCAGCAGCAUCUCGCUACUCGGAGCUCAGCUGCAGUCAGUCUCAUGCGUUCGAUGAACUGGAGGCCAUCGCCCCAGGGUCCCCUAACUGUCAGUCACUGGACCUGCCCUCAGACUCAUCCUGUAGCCCCUCACCUAACACAGAGCUGUCUCCGGGCCUGGCGGCACUGACGGUGGGCUGUGACUCGGGGAAUCUGGGCUCCCUGUCCAGGGUCCAGCUGCUCCUCCUGGACCGCCCGAUGCCCGAGACCCUGCUGAGCCCCUUCCCUCCGGAAGAGGAGCUCUCACCGCUGCAGGACUGGUCCGAUGUCAGGAUGCAGAAGGAGCAGGGAUUGAAUUCAGGAGGUGUACUGAGGUCCCUUACAGCUGGCAGCAUCUCUGAAAGGUGUGACUCUGCAGGGAAAGUCCAGGAAAACAAAUCGGAUCGGUCUGACGGGGGUUCUGGGUCCCCAUCAUCAUGGAUCAUAGAUCUGAGUCCAUCCUGCAACAUGUUCACAUCCACCUAUCCUCCCUCCAAUCCAGAUUCAGAUGAAGGGGGCCCAACCGAUGAGGAGUCCAAUUAUCCUGGACGGGGGGAACAAGUCGAGUCCUCUGACGGAAUAAGGAGGCCCGGGAGUCUUGACAUCAGAACUGAGGAGAUACACAGAAGGAUGGAGGAGAGGAAAACAAAGGUGCUGAGCAUGCUUUCCAAACUGCAGGACGAAACACCUCGUCAGCAAAAUAGCAACAAAGGUCACUCCAACUUUGAGGACUUCGACUUUUUGGCAAAGUAUUGCAUUUUCAGUCAGGAGAAGCUGGCUGAAUACAAAAGAGCUUUUGAAGCAGAGGACAGUGAUGGUGAUGGCUACAUCUCCUGCUUUCAGGUUCUACUUGCUCUUAAAAAUAUCAUCCCACCAGAGCUGCUUUCUGAUGAAGAAGAGAUCUACGUCUACAGGAUCCUGGAGAUGGUGGACUUCAGAGUGACAGAUGGGCUGGUGGACCUGAGGCUCUUUGCUGUGAUUGCGAGCCUUGCACACAAAAUAGCCACCAUGGAUGAGUUUAUGCGAUCACAAAUCACCAACAUGGACUUCCGCUCCUUAGAAGUGAGGCUCUUCAAAGCAAAGCAACUGUUCCUGUUCCUCCUGGAGGAGCAGCAAGGAGACACUGGAUCUCAGCAGGGCUUCAUCAGCACGGAGCAGCUUCUUCUGGAGCUGAAGGCCGGAGGAAUCCAUCUGGAGCAGGAGGAGGCCAUCAGGCUGGAGCUGCAGCACACCCCUCCCCUCGACAUACUGGACUUCCUGGCCCACCUGCCCCUCUUCAUGCUCAUCCACAAGUCUGUUAUCGCCAACCCUCUCGAUGACUCCAGCAAACUCUGAGCUCCGUCACUGCACCGCCAGGUAUCAGCCUCACCUCCACUAUACAGUCAGUACUUUACAACCAGAGAAGCUUAGAUGAAAGGGAAUAAAUAAGGCACUGUGGUAAUAUGUAACGCCACAUUGAAAGUAUUCAUCUGUCAUAUUCUUAGAGGCCUAGACAUUCAUGCAUCUAAAAUAAAAAUAAAAAAUGGUGGAAAAGUUCACUCAAUUCCAAUAGGAUCACUGUGUCAUAUGGUCUGAACCACAAUUUUGAGCAGCAGAGUGGAAGAAAGGUUCACAUCAGCUUCUCUGAUCUUUUUCCUAUUUGUGGACAUCCACAAUAUCUCUGACUUUGAGAAAAAGAACUACAGGAAUGUCAACAAAAUGCUGAAAAAUGGCUGCAAAUACAAUUCUGCCAAGACCCAAAAUAAUCAGCUUUUCACAUAUCUGAUGCUUUUAGAAAGUAUUGCUAUAAGUUACUGCAAGCUUGUUAGCAAUGCAUGCUAACGGUUGCAGACAAACACAUUGUAAUCUCUCAAAGCAAGUAUAUUUAUAAAGCCUACUGUACUUCAACGUGAGUCAAUUCAAAGUGGUUUACAAAAAAACUUGUUUUAGGCCUGGUUUGCAGAGUAACUGCUUCCAAGCUAUGACUUGACAAAUGCUGUUUUUUGGCCGGCUUUUAUUUCCAGAUGAAAGAUGGGCAACACUACGGCCCCUAAAUUAAAUCCAUUUGUGUGUCUCUUUGAACUAAAGUGUGUAUUGAAUGCAUCAUUUUUAUUUUUUUUUUUCCCACAUCUAUUUAUGCACAUGACAUGUUGUGCUCCCACGUAUGGGAAUCCUUCAUAUUUGGAUCAUCAAUGGGAUGAUAAGAGAUGUGUAUAGAACAAUUAAAAACAUGAAAACGCAAAUAAAGCUGUUUCCUUUUGCUACAUUAUCUUUCAUGUGACUGUAAAGUGCUGUCUAUGGUCCUGAAAUGUUCUGCAGCACUGAACAAAGUCUUGCUCUGCAGUUGGAAACAGCUUCAGAUGCACCACAGAACUAUUAUAUUAUUUGCAAUAGAUUAAAAAAAAACGUGCUGCUUCGGGGGGAGGUUUAUUUUCUGAUGCAACAACUGCUUAUUGUUCUGCAGGGGAAAACAAUAUUUGAGCCGCUCAGACUGUUGUUCUCUUCUAUCCAACUUAAUCGACACUGAUGAAUGAUAUUCGAUAAGAUAUUCAUCUGAUAUAGUUUGAGCCAUUGUUUUGCUUCAGCUUUGCCAAUUAGAUACGGCCCUGCUCUCCUGCGGUGCAUACACGCUCGACAGACUGCAGCAUAGGAAACAUGAUGCAGUGUGACAGGCAGCAGAGCAGGAUUGUUGAAUUAGGGCGUAUUGUACACAACAUGUGUCAUCAUGGAAAAAACAUUCACGAAUGUUAGAGCAGUUUUUUUUUAAAUACUCUUAUGAUGAACCCCUCCUAAUCUUUAGUUUCACUGCAAGGAACUUACUUUUAUGUCAAAUGUAUCACAAUCAGAUUUCUUCAUUUAUUUCCGGGAAGUUUUGUGACAGUUGUUCCAUUUUAAAAUCUAAUAAAAAAAUCGAUAGAUUAAAUAACAUUACAUUAAAAUUGAAAACAAACAAUUAUAUAAACAUAACAAGUUAAAGUAGGAAUGUUCAAUGAAAAGUUUAAGUAAAGUUAAGAUAUUUAUAAAAACAUAAGAACUCUGACACAAUUGAAGUCCCCAAAGUCUUGAACAUUAUUCAGAUAUUUUUGUUUGGGCUCUUGAGAACAGACUUUUUGUUUAUUUCACCAAUUUAUUUACAGCUACAUUCUUGUACUGCUAAAUCUACUGCAGAAGUGAACAUGUUGCCCUAACUUGCUCCUUUAAAUCUGCUGCUAUUUCUAAUGAUGUAAUACAGUAAAAUGUCAUUUAAAAGUGAGUUGUAUUCUAAGUCAUUGGGAAGAACGCAUAACAAUUCCAGUUUUGUUUUUGCCUCCAGGAAAGAUGUUCACAUGUCUUGCAUACUGACUGAUCUAACCCCCAAAUAAAAAUCCCCCCCAGGACUAAUUUCAUGUUUACAGUGUGUCUUCUACAUCAUAACAGCAAACAUGUUUCUACAUGACUAAGUGUAGCAUAUGAGUUGAAUCUACCUGGUAAUAUUCUUAACAACUAAAGUAUUUUAUCAUCACAUGUAUGCAUUCACUUGGUCAAAUACUCACAUUUGUUACAACUGUACUUACUAAACUUGUGGUUUGUGAUUCGUAUUCAUGUGUAUGUCACUGACUAUUUGUAUUUUGUCUUUUAUUAGAAAAAAUGUGUUCAAUCAUCAUUUAUUUGUUUAUCCAAAUAAACUUUGAAAAGUGCCAAUAGAUUUGAAGGGUGUUAUGUUAAAAGGCUGACUGAAUGAAAAGGUGUUUCAAUCAGAUUGUGAACACAGUUUUUUUUUUAAUUUAAGAUGAUGAAUGUACUAUUCCUAAAGAUUUUGAACAUCAGCAAACCAUAACGCACUUCAGAAACCAGUCAUACUUGAAGAUAAUACAUAUUUUUGUGAGCAUGUUCAUAUCAUAAUGAUUUGUACUGCUGUUAUUAAAUGACUCUGGGACAACAAUGGUAAAAAUAAAUAAAAAUAUAAGCCUA